AUGGGAGGAAUAUCACCAGGCAAAGAGGAGACCAUUGUAGGCAGAGGAGGCUGGUUUGACAAAAAGCACAAAGUUGGCAGGAGAAAGGAUAAAGCCAAGGGCAUGAAGCGCUUGGCACUAGAAGAAGUGGCCAAUAGGGGCUCAAGAGGAUUGAGCCAGACCGCUGAAAGCCCUAAUCGUAUUAUCGUUGGCAAAGGCACCCAAUGCAUCCCUAACUCCCAGCCAUGGCAAGUGGCAUUGUUUGACCGUGCCUCUCUUCGGUGUGGAGGUGUCCUAAUUUCCCCCCAAUGGGUCCUCACAGCAGCCCACUGCAACCACAAGCGAUACUGGGUGCGCCUUGGGGAGCACAACCUUCGGAAACUGGAUGGGACCGAGCAGAUCCGGAUGACUGGGCGCUCGGUGACCCAUCCUGGCUUCCGGGCAGGACCAGGCAUCCAUGACCACGACCUGCGUCUGUUGAAGCUCCUCACCCCUGUCCGCAUCACACAUGCUGUUCGACCCUUGGCUCUACCUACUGCCUGUCCCACAUCUGGGACUCUGUGUCUGGUGUCUGGCUGGGGUAAAACUAGCCUCAUAAAUGACCGACACCCAGACCAACUCCAGUGUUUGUCCUUAACCAUCACUCCAAAUAACACAUGUCAUAGUGUGUUCCCCGGGAAGAUUACAGAGAAUAUGGUUUGUGCAGGAGGUAGUAUGGUUGGGCAGGAUGCUUGUCAGGGGGACUCAGGAGGACCACUGGUGUGUGACAACGUCUUGCAGGGCCUGGUGUCAUGGGGUUUGGGGUGUGGUCAGUUAGGCACCCCUGGAGUUUACGUUAAGAUAUGCAAGUAUUUGGAUUGGAUUCAGACAACAGUGAAGAACUGAAUCUGCCUUUUCCUGCCCUUCAUCUCAUCUACAGCCACCCAUCAUCCUUUUCUUCAAUAAAUCCAUUUGUGA